GCCGAUAUUUCUCUCUCAUGGAGAGUUCUUGACUUAGGCGACAGAUAAAAAAAUUUAACUGCAUUUCAGAGGAAACUAUUUUAACUAGAAGCAUGAAACUGAUAUAAAAUUCUAUUAAAGAGCGUCUGAGGGCAAACAUAUGAAGAGAAUUUGAUAGAGGGCGGUAUCUGAAAACUGCCAGAUAAAACAUGGAUUGGCAGGUUAACAUCAUCGACUAUAUAUAUAUAGGUGUGUUUUUCUAUUGUUUUUCUGUAUCAGAUUCACUGUAGUAUUUCUCAUCUUCAGACGAUUCUACUAAUAAAUGUACUCAUGCACAAACAAGUAAGUGAGUAACAUUCAAUAUACACCACAAAAUUACAGAUUACUAAAGUACUUUCUAUUGUGACUUCAAGUACAAAUUUCUAAGAUAACAUUAUUUAAAAUACACCUUUCUUAAAGAAUAUUUCUGACCUAUCCUAUUUACAUUAGGAAUACUGGAAAAUGCCACCAAAACGAAGAGCCCUGAUGAGCAGAAGUACAUCAGCUUCGAGGAGAAUGGCAGCUUCCCAAGCAGCUGAGACUCUAGAACAAGGACAGGUUCGACGCCAGGAAGAUCGGACAAGGCAUGCGGCCCCCAGAGCAGCUGAGACUCCGGAACAGAGCCGCGGUCGGGUCGAUGAUCAGAGUACAAGACAAGCAGCUUCUACAGCAGCUGAGACUCCAGUACAGAGGCAGGUUCGACGCGAGGACGAUCGGACAAGGCAUGCGGCCUUCAGAGCAGCCGAGACUCCGGCGCAGAAGCGGACUCGGAGUGAAGAUAAAUAA